UUUCAGAAAUUUAUAUUUUCAAUUUUAUUGCUAUAUACUAAAGUGCUGGUGUACAAUACAGAUUUGAAAAAAUCAAUUUAUCGAUGUCUCCUGUCGUACACUCUCAUCAUUGAUAAUAUAUGAACAAACAAACUAAGGACUAAGAGGGGUCGAACCCUUUGAAAAAGAAUACUAAUGUCAUCUACUCUUUCGAAUCGAAAUUCAAACGCAGGCGCAACGCGAUUUUUCAUUUCAAUUGUCAUCGAACCAGUAACAUUUAGUAGCCAGCGAGCUCUCGAGCGUCAACGAUGAAAAAUCAACAAGUCGUCAUCAUUCAGGAUGACGAUAAGAGGAAAACGAAUUUGAGCAUACAAUGGAACCGUUGGUUGUUGACACCGAUCGGUGCUUGGCCAAAUUUACGCAAAUCGAGAAUAGGAAAAUGUUAUUCUUUCCUCAUCAGUAUUAUUUGUUACAGUUUGAUCAGUUUCAUGCUCGUGUCUUGUAGCAUAUUCCUAAUGGUGGAAAUCAACAACAUAUAUAACAAACUCAAAAUGGUGGGUCCAUUGAGUUUCUUCGUGAUGACAUUCAUGAAAUAUUAUUUUCUAUUGCUCCAUGAAAAUGAUAUACGUGAAGGUAUUGAACGUAUCGAAUGGGAUUGGAAGAAUGUUAAACACCAAGAGGAUAGAAACAUUAUGAUUAUGUAUGCGAAUUAUGGAAGAAAAUUGGCGUUCAUUUGCUUCUUUUUCAUGUUAUGUGCUUUUAUAUUUUAUUUUCUUAUUCAACCGUUCGGCGGGGGAAAAAUAGUGGAUGGAAAUUUGACGUUUAUACAAUUACCAUUCCCUGCAUCGAUUUUGAUCGCCGAUAUGCGUGAUAGUCCUUGCAACGAAAUCAUGUUAUCUAUUCAAAUUCUGACAGGUAUCGUGAUGAACGCUAUAAGAUCGGCGGCUUGCAGUGUAGCCGCUGUGUUUGCAAUACAUGCAUGUGGACAAAUGCAAGUGUUGAUGAAUUGGUUGAAUCAUUUGGUGGAUGGCCGAUCGGACAUGAGCAAGAAAAUAGAUGACAGAAUUGCAAAUAUUGUGAUUCAACACGACCGGAUAUUGAAAUUUUUGGCACUUACAGAAAGAGCGCUUCAACAAAUAUCUUUUGUAGAAUUUUUAGGCUGUACAAUGAAUAUGUGUCUUCUCGGAUAUUAUCUAAUUGUGGAAUGGAAUCCGAAUGAAUUGAUAAUUUCGUUAACUUACGUAAUAAUAAUCGCAUCGAUUACCUUCAAUAUUUUCAUAUUUUGUUAUAUAGGCGAAUUGGUUGCCGAACAGUCUGAAAAGGUUGCAGAAGUGGCAUAUAUGAUCGAAUGGUACCGAAUAAGAGGCAAAAAAAAGCUUUGUUGUGUUUUGAUCAUUGCAAUGUCCAAUUCAUCAAUAAAAUUUACAGCCGGAAAUAUGGUUGAGUUAUCUAUUUAUACUUUCAGUGACUAUAUUCAGUAUCUAGCCAACUAUCGAAUGUCAACAAUGGAAAAAAAUCAAUCUAUCAUCGUCCAGGAUGAUUAUGAGACGAAUGUAAAUUUGAGCAUACAAUGGAAUCGUGUUUUGUUGAAAUGUCUCGGUACAUGGCCAAAUUUACGCGAGUCUAGAAUAGGGAAAUGUUAUUCCGUGUUGAUCAGUAUCGUUUUUUACGGUUUAAUCAGCUUUAUGCUCGCAUCGUCUAACAUGUUCUUGCUUGUUGAAGUGAAAGAUACGUACAACAGAAUCAAAAUGAUCGGUCCAUUGAGUUUUUUCAUAAUGACGCUGAUGAAAUAUUAUCUUUUAACAUUUCACAAAGACAAUAUCCGCAAAGGUAUCGAGCAUAUCAAAUGGGAUUGGAAAAACGUGGAGCAUCAAGAAGAUAAGAAAAUCAUGAUCGAAUAUGCGAAUUAUGGAAAGAAACUAGCAUUGAUUUCCAUCUUUUUCGUGUAUAGUGCAUUUGUCUUUUACUACUUCGUUGUACCUAUCAGCGUGGGUAAAAAGGAUGGAAAUUUAACAUUUAUACCAUUGCCGUUCCCUUCUUCGAAAUUGAUCACUGAUGUGCGUCAGAGCCCGGCUAACGAAAUUUUAUUCUUCAUUCAAGUUUUAUCAGGUGUUAUCAUACACGCAAUAACAGCAGCGGCAGUUAACAUAGCCGCCAUGUUUGCAGUGCACGCGUGUGGACAGAUGAAAAUGUUAAUGAAUUGGUUGGAAUACUUGGUAGAUGGCCGAUCGGAUAUGAACAAAAUCGUGGAUAAGAGAAUCGCAAAAAUUGUGGUUCAGCAUGAUCGGAUAUUGAAAUUUUUGGCUCUUACAGAAAAAGCGCUUCAACAAAUAUCUUUCGUAGAAUUUUUAGGUUGCACAAUGAAUAUGUGCUUUCUUGGAUAUUAUCUAAUAGUGGAAUGGAAUCCAAAAGAAAUAUCAGUUUCGUUAACUUACAUAUCAUUACUCAUAUCGUUCACCUUCAACAUUUUUAUAUUUUGUUAUAUAGGUGAUCUGGUUGCCGAACAGUGUCAGAAAGUUGGAGAAAUGACAUAUAUGAUCGAAUGGUAUCGAUUAAAAGGCAAGAAAAAACUUUGCUGCGUUUUAAUCAUUGCAAUGUCUAAUUCAUCGAUAAAAUUUACAGCUGGAAAUAUGGUUGAAUUAUCUAUUUAUACUUUUAGUGACGUUGUAAAAACGUCGGUGGCUUUUUUAAACAUGUUGCGAGCAUUGACUUAAACCAUACUUUUUAUAAUAUAGAUAUUUACUUUUGAUAGUAAAUAGACAUUUGUUGUAAAAAGAUCACGUGUCUAUAUAUAUUGUAUUAAAAUGAAAUUGAUUUU